AGCGUGAACAUCGCAACCGGCUUGACAUUCUUAUCAGUUCCAUUUAAACAGCUGACUCAAUCCAGUUUAUUUACACAUACGUGGUCAAUUCUGAGUAACAACUGUGGGGUUUCUUUUUCGUCUGUUUUAAAAUGUCAAAGCGCGAGGAUAUUUUGCUGUUAUUCGAUGUGGAUGGCACCCUGACUAUGCCCCGCUCAGUGGUGCAGCCCGAGUUUGAGGAGUUCCUUUAUACAAAAGUGAAGCCAAAGGCAACCAUUGGCAUUGUUGGUGGCUCGGAUCUGGAAAAAAUGUUCGAGCAGCUGAAUGGCCAGAAGAUAUUGAAGGAGUUUGACUUUAUAUUCCCCGAAAAUGGUCUGGUGCAAAUCGAAGCUGGCAAAGAAGUGGGCAAACAAAAUAUUAUACAGCAUUUGGGCGAGAAAACUCUGCAGCGAUUCAUCAACUAUGUGCUGCGAUACCUCUCGGAGCUGGAGCUGCCCAUUAAACGUGGAACGUUUAUUGAGUUUCGCAACGGCAUGAUGAACAUCUGCCCAAUUGGUCGACAGUGCACCAGGGAGGAGCGCAACAUGUUUGCUGCCUACGAUGAGGAGCACAAGGUUCGAUCGACAAUGAUUGCCAAGCUGAAGGAGGAGUUUGCAGAUAUCGAUCUUACGUACAGCAUUGGCGGCCAGAUAAGCUUCGAUGUGUUCCCUCAUGGUUGGGAUAAGACCUUCUGUCUGCGCCACAUCGAGGCGUAUCACAAUUUCAAAGAAAUUCAUUUCUUUGGCGAUAAGACCGAACCGGGUGGCAAUGAUUACGAGAUCUAUAUCGAUCCUCGCCUUAAAGGACAUAAAGUUAACACUCCAAAUGACACGAAGAGAAUACUAACAGAGCUUCUGAAUCUUUGAUUACUUUUAUUUGUAUGAUUCCAAAUGAAAACAUUGCAUUUUCUAUGUCUUGUAAAAUUUUAUG